CUAGCUCAGCUGUUUUCAUUUCACAUAGGGUUUGAAGAGCUGGAGCGGGCUGUGGCUCAUCAGGCUCGGCACAAGGGAAUUCGGCACAAGACCCAUCAACGAAGUACAGUACCUAGGCUAGGUAGGCUAGAUCAAUAUUAUGACGAUUAAUGUCAAUAAAUGAUGUCUGAAAAUGCUCAGGAGGAGGAUAUCCUGGACGUGCGCAGUGGAGAUGGAGAAAGAAGUUCUAAUGCCUGUUUAGAAGACCAGAAUGGCCUCUGUAGUAGUAGUGCAUUUCAGAGCAGUUCGAGUGAUGCAAGUAGCAGUAGCAUCAGCAGUGUAAUAAGCAGUAGUAGCAAUAUUGAAGACCUUGAUAAUGAUUGUGCCUUCUUUAGAUUCAGAGAAAAACAUGGUGCUAAUAAUAUAACUGAAAAUAAUUCACUGGAAAAAGAGCACAGCUGUGGGUUGGAAGAAGAAUCGAAGGGUGAUGAAAUAAUUGAGUUGGUCACAGCAUUCUCCGAUUUCAGAACCGACAAUGAGCACCAGCUCCAACUUACAAAAGGGGACAAAGUGAAAGUACUAAAUAAGACCAACUCUGAUUGGUGGUGGGCUGAAUUGAAUGGGCAGUCAGGCUACGUUCCAGCCAGUUACUUGCUCUCUAGCUCCACAGUUAGUGAAAAAUGGCAGGAUGAUGAAUAUUUUGAUAGUUAUGCAAACUUGAAACUACACCAUGAGAUGUUGGAUGAUUUUGCUAGGACCAGUGCAUAUCAAGCAGCUGUGGAGAACAACUCUAAUUGGUUAAAAGACAAAGUGGUCCUAGACAUUGGCUGUGGAACUGGAAUUUUAAGUAUGUUUUGUGCUAAACAAGGAGGUGCUGCUAAGGUUUAUGGUGUAGAAGCAAGUGAUAUGGCUUCCUAUGCUAGUCAACUUGUUCAACACAACAAUCUUCAGGACCGUAUCACCAUUAUUCAUGGCAAAUUAGAAGAAAUUGAACUACCAGAACAAGUUGAUCUUAUUGUGUCCGAGUGGAUGGGUACACUCUUGAUUUUUGAAUUGAUGAUUGAGUCUGUGAUAGUGGCCCGCGACAAGUGGCUUCUUGCGCAUGGUGUUAUGUGGCCGUCUAACGCAAAGCUUUUUCUUGUGCCAUGCAAGGCGAAUGUAGCAUACAAAAAUAAAAUAGAUUUUUGGCGUUUUGUAUAUGGAUUUGAUUUCACACCUUUAAUACCAGUUGCUAAGGAUCAAUUCUUUGGCCGACCAAUAUUCAAUCACUUAAUUCAUAGUGAUGAUCUUCUAGCAGAGGCAGAAACUAUACUUGAAUUUGACAUGAAUAAGGUCAAAGUUCAUGACCUUGAGGAGAAUAAGUGCAAUUUCAGAUUUGUUGUCAAAAAAUCGGGCACAUUUCACGGAUUUGGAUCAUGGUUUUCUGUUGGCUUCAGUCCCCAAGACAAUGAAGCACAAGAUAUUGUACUAGACACAGGUCCAGAUAAGCCAACAACUCACUGGAAACAAGAUAUGUUCAUGAUGGACGACCCAUGCAAAGUUCAAGAAGGCGAUACAAUUGAGGGCGCUGUGACAAUUACUAGGAAUCCAGACUGGAGGAGACACCUUAGAGUUACUUUCUCUUUCACAAUUCAUUUCAAAGUUUCAGGGUUCCAACAGGGAUAUGAAAAACUGUUUUUGCUGUGGCGUUGAAAACAGAUGUGAUCUUCCAUGGUGCCUUAUACUAUACAAUAGUAUUGUAAUGUGUGUACUAUGGUAAUUGUGAUAGUGGUGAUGAAGAUGGAGAUGUUUUUGAAGAUGAUGGUGAUGCUAAUAUAGGCAGUGUUGAUACAGAUGAUGGUGAUAGCGAUGGCGAUGAUAAGGAAGAUUAAGACCGUGAUGUUGCAACUGGGAACUGCUGCACAAAAUGCGCCUUUUCAAAUAUUUACAAUAUUUACACUACUACACAGAGCAUUACUUUUUUUGUAAGAAGAGGCUCCAUAUAUAAUUCUAUUUUUAUCUAUAGAUACAUAUAUAGAUAUACUUUUUAGCAUAUAUUGUAUAGUGAGUAAAGAUAAACCAUUAACUUUCCAUUGGAAUGGAGGAGGAUGUAUAUAGUGGAUAUUACAUUGUUUAUAUUGGGGUUAUGAAGACAUAGGGCAUAACAUUUCUGAUUGUAAUGUGUGUACUAUGGUGAUUGUGAUGAUGAUGAUGAUGGUGAUGUUUUUUAAGAUGAUGAUGGUGAUGGUAAUAUGGGCAAUGUUGGUGAUACAGAUGAUGAUGAUGGUUAAUCAGUGGCGUAUCUAGAAGUCUUGAA